AUGUCUUCAGCAAAUACUUCUGGUCGUCCAACUGGAUUUGUUUCAAUUCCUGUCGAAAUAGUUUCUAAACCAAAUUCAACUAAUUCAAAUUCUCAUUAUAUUCCAUUUCGUACGAUUCGUCAUGAUAAUUCUUAUAGUGAUUUUUCAAAUUCCUCACCAUGGAAAAAACCAUCGAUAAAUACGUAUUCUAAAGGUCAUUUUCAACCACGUAAAAAUUUAACUACUGCUUAUGAUCGUUUAAUACAAGAUUCGCAAUUUAAUCAGCCAUAUAAUGAUCGAUUUUUUCAUCAAAUAGAUCACGAACCACAAUAUCAUCAUUUUCAACAACGAACAUAUGAACCAAAUUCUUUACAUAUUAGUCGUUCAAGUGAUGAUCUUCUUUUCACACCAAAUGAUUUUAUACGUUCAAAUAUUCAAUCAAAAAAUACUUCACAUUAUCCAUCAACAUUUAAUAAUGGAUUACGAUCUGAUUCCAGUUUUAUACAAACAAACAAAUAUACACAGCCUCUUCGACGAUCAUACGAUAUACUUAAUGAUUUUUCAGAUGAAAAUAAAAAAUUUUCAACAAAUCAACAAUAUCCAUCGGAACAACAAUCUUAUUAUCGACCAACUUAUGUUACUAAAACUGUUAUUAAUCCAAAUGUUGUUUAUUCAACUGAUUAUCAUACACCAAUAAAUAAUCAUCGAUCAAAUACAUCUCCUCAAGGAACAAUUAAUAGACAGAAUAAGAUUUCUUCAUCACAAAAACUAUUAUCAACAAAUACAUUAGCUCUUUCUCAACAAACAACAUCAGUACGACCUUGGUUGUCGAAAAUUUCACGAGAAAAUCUAGACAAACAUUAUCCUUACUAUAUAUCUCAACGUCAAUCAUCACGGUCAGGUACAUGA